AUGCCUCAUCCCUGCCAUUUGUUUAGGCCUGACACACUAGAUCCGGCUCUGUUGCGUCCUGGAAGGUUGGAUCGCAAAGUUGAAUUCGGCUUACCAGAUCUUGAGAGCAGGACACAAAUAUUUAAGAUCCAUACACGAACGAUGAACUGUGAAAGGGACAUCCGGUUUGAACUUCUGGCUCGCCUCUGCCCAAAUUCUACUGGAGCUGACAUUAGGAGCGUGUGCACAGAGGCUGGAAUGUAUGCCAUUCGAGCACGAAGGAAGACUGUAACAGAGAAAGACUUCCUUGAUGCAGUGAACAAAGUCAUCAAGGGUUACCAGAAGUUCAGUGCAACUCCCAAGUACAUGGUCUACAAUUGA